GGAGCCUUUACGGGCACGCGCACGUCUGCGCAGGCGGAAGUGAUGUGUUCUUCGCAGGCGGAAAUGCUGCUGUGUAUGCGGAAGCGAUGGCGGCUGUUUGUCUACCUGUAGCAACUCGACGCGUCUGAUGAAGCUCUGAGAGUGCAUUGACGUCAGGAUGUUGGAGUCAUAUGUGUCUCCUCUCUUGAUGAGUUAUGUGAACCGCUACAUAAAGAAUCUGAAGCCGUCAGAUCUGCAGCUGUCAUUAUGGGGCGGCGACGUUGUGCUGAGCAAACUGGACCUGAGACUGGACGUGCUGGAGCAGGAACUCAAGCUGCCGUUCACGUUUCUGAGCGGACACAUUCACGAGCUGCGCAUCCACGUGCCCUGGACCAAACUGAGCUCCGAGCCCGUCGUCAUCACCAUCAACACGAUGGAGUGCAUCCUGAAACUGCGAGACGGAGCUACGGAUGAUAAUGAAAGUUGUACAUCCAGCUCGACCAAUCGCAGUGUGUCUGAGAGCUCUAAGAAUGCAUCUAAACCUCGGCGGUUGCAGCAGGCCCCCAGCGACCCUGACCUGCCCCCAGGAUAUGUCCAGAGUCUAAUUCGUCGAGUGGUGAAUAAUGUAAAUAUUGUGGUGAAUAAUCUGAUUCUGAAGUACGUGGAGGACGAUAUUGUUCUGUCAGUGAACAUCACGUCUGCAGAAUGCUACACAGUGGACGAUCUGUGGGAUCGAGCAUUCAUGGACGUCAUCUCUCCUGAACUGGUCCUGAGGAAGGUGAUAAACUUUUCCGACUGUACGGUGUGUUUGGACAAGCGGAAUGCCAGUGGGAAGAUCGAGUUCUAUCAGGAUCCUCUGCUCUACAAAUGUUCCUUCAGAACACGUCUUCACUUCACCUAUGACAAUAUCAAUGCCAAAAUCCCUGCGGUUAUUAAAAUUCACACACUGGUGGAGAGUUUGAAGUUGUCUCUGACGGAUCAGCAGUUACCCAUGUUCAUUCGUCUCAUGGCGUUGGGUGUGGCGCUGUAUUAUGGCGAGAUGGGCGUCCAUCGAGAAGGCGAGAGAGAGGAGAACAGCUCGCUCCGAGAGAGCCUCCCUGAGAGCUGUGUUUUCCUGCCAGGACAUUACACAUACCAACAUGAUGACAUCACCUGCUCUCCCGCAGAUGUGAUGGUGGAGGGUUCAGAAGCGUCUCUGGCAGGUCAGUACUUUCAGGGUGAGGAUGAGGAUCAGGGCUGGGUGUCAUGGGCGUGGUCGUUCGUCCCAGCCAUCGUGAGUGCAGAAGAGGAGGAGGGCGAGGGGGAGUCAGGGGGAGAAUCACAGGAUGGCGGCGCUUCUCGACCCCAGCAGCAAUCUCACAGAGACCCCGUCGUGUCCGUCGGCUUCUACUGCACUAAAGCAUCCGUCACUUUUAAGUUGACAGAGAGUUGUUCGGAGAGCAGUUACUACAGUCCUCAGAAGGUGAAGUCUCGUGAGGUGCUGUGUGUGGAGCAGGAGGGCAUCACAGUGGAGGCUCUGAUGAUGGGAGAGCCGUUCUUCGACUGUCAGGUGGGAGUCGUGGGUUGUCGUGCCGUCUGUCUGAAGGGCAUCAUGGGAGUUCGAGAUUUUGAAGAGAAUAUGAACAGAAGAGAGGAGGACGCAGUGUUUUUCCGUUGUGGAGACACUCUGAGUGUGAAGGGAAUGACAUACCUGACGAACUCUCUGUUCGACUACCGCAGUCCUGAGAACAACGGCGUCAGAGCCGAGUUUAUACUGGAGGCAAACCUGCACAAGGAGACAUACACUGAGACUGCAGGUGUGCAGCGUUAUGGCGCGUUCUACAUGGAUUAUCUGUACACUAUGGAGAACAGCGGCAGUCGAGUGUGUACGGGACCGCAGGAAUUCUCAGCGCUGCAUAAAGACGAGCCGCCGCUGCAGGAGUCGUCAGUGAAGAGGAUUGUGAUUGGUCCAUUAGACGUGCAGCUCCACAGCAGUGCCGUUCACCGCAUCCUCAAGAUGAUCGCAUGCACGCUGGACCACGAGUAUCACCCCUACUGCAAACCACAGCAGCCCGAUGUUGUGGAGGAGUGUGCAGGUGUGACUGUGGAGCAGGUUGCAGCUCUGGAGGAAUUCAUUCCCACCCGUCAGACGAGCGUCACACUGAUGCGAGCGACAGUCACAAUCCCUGCAGCUGAAUACAACAUACUGCACCUCAUACUGCCCGUCAUACUGGGACACAAGGUCUCGACUGCACAGACGUCUGCGCCACAGUUUCAGCUCUUGCGUCCUCUGCCUGCGCUGCAGCUGCAGUUUGAGCGCGUCACGUUUGAACAUUCUGUGCCCAUGUAUGAAGAGGAAGUUACCCGCACCGCCUGCAGCAUGAACAAACCCUCAGAUACACUGCUGCACCACUGCUACACACACUGCUAUCUGAAGGUGUUUGAGUUUGCUGUUGGUCUGACUGUAAUCGGCUCUGAGGGGGGAUUCCUGCCGCUCAUUCCCAUAAUUCCCUCCUUCAGUACCGCUCUGUAUGGAAAGCAGCUCCGCUUGCCGGCAUACUGGUCGAGGAAGUGUUCAGUAGCGGUGAGUGAGUGUGUGUUCGAGCUGCCGCAGGUGUGUGUUCAAGUGACUCGUGCGCAGGUGCAGCUGUUGCAGUGUAUGUUUCACAGCUGGACACACAGUGUGGGGGGCGGAGCCUGCAGCAUCAUCAGUGACACGCUCAUUAACCACGCCUACAAAACUACAGGUGUGAAGUCGGUGUGUUCUGCUCCCGUGUUGGAGGUGUGUGUUCAGCGUGUGGAGCUGAAGGUGUGUGUGCGUCCGGCGCUCUGGUGUGUGUCAGGAACUCUUGGAGCUGUUAAAGUGUGUGCCAGAACUCCAGGUGAGAAGGAUGAGCUGGUUCCGCUGGUUCAGGGUCCGUCUGACACCACAGAUCUUCACACGAGUCGUUGGUUGAUUGGGAGUCGUAAACCGGCGUCGCUGCUCUCUCCUGAUCUCCUGCAGAUCUCACUCCAGCUCCCGCAGCAGGAACAGACAUUGAACCCCAUUGAGACAUCAUCAACACACACAUCACUCAUCAGUACACUCAACCGCGGUGCAGUGUUGUUGGUCAGUGUUCAGGGAAUGGCUGUGAAUGUGGAUCCGGUUCUGUUCUCUUGGCUUCUGUUUCACCCGCAGAGAACCACCAGCAGCAACAGGCAGACACAACAGGUUUCCAUGGUGAUGAAGAAGAGGAGGGAGGAUGAAGCAUCUGUUGGCAGCACACCACUAACCAAACCAACUAGCAACCCAUCAGACUACACCAGCAGUCCAGUGAAGACUAAAACUAUCACAGAGUCGAGGCCUCUCUCUGCUCCAGUGAAGGUUUUUCCAUCAUCUGAAGAAAGUCAUUUGAGUCAAGAAGAACGAAUGAAGAACCUGAUAACACACACCUGGAACGCCGUCAAACGCCUCACACUACAGGUGGAGCUGCAGUCGUGCUGUGUGUUUGUGCCGUUGGACUCUCUGCCGUCUCCAAGCACGCUGCUGUGCGGCGAUAUCCCGGGCACGGUGCGCAGCUGGUAUCACAGUCAGGCGUGUAUGCCGGGUACACUGGUGCUGUGUCUGCCGCAGAUCAGCGUUCUGAGUGCUGGACACCGACACAUGGAGCCGCUGCAGGACAUUCCCUUCACUGUCCCCAGACCAGUGCUGGAGGAGGGUGAUGCGUUCCCGUGGACAGUGUGUGUGAGUCAGUUGAGUGUGUACUCUCUUCUGGGACAGCAGCGUUCUCUGAGUGUACUAGAUCCUGUAGGCUGCACCUCCACGCUGGCGCUCACCGCCCCAAAACUGCAGCCGGACACCAAACAGGCCUUCAUCAUGUGUUUACAUGUGGAUCUGCAGCCGGUACAUCUGAAGUGCUCCAACCCGCAGGUUCAGCUGCUGUAUGGUUUAUGGUCUAGAUGGAGUCAGAUUCUCAGUGUUUUUGAACGGAUGCAGAGCAGAGGAAGUCACAGACAGUCAUCAGGGUUCGCAGACUCCACAGCGCCACCUGCUGGACCGUCCUCACCUGUCCAGAGCAGUGUGGGCACCGUCCCACCCGACACCAGCACCUACAGCCCCUCAGCUGACCUGGGCUCUCCUACAGAGGGUGAUUCAGUGCACACUGAGGAGCCAGUUGUGUGCGAGUCUAUGACUCUAGAACAGAAGACAUGCAGCUUCAGUGGUGCGAGUGGAAAGUUCAGUGUUUGGAUGCAGUGGAUGCUGCCUAAACUCACAGUGAAACUCUUCUCAACUGACCACACCUCCAAAAUCAACGAGCUGUGUGUAAUUGCAGAGCUGGAAGAUCUGAGUGCAUCAGUGGAUGUUCAGGACGUUUAUACGAAGGUGAAAUGUAAAGUGGGCAGCUUCCACAUAGACCACUACAAACACAGUGCUGCAGAGCGCUCUCCUCGAGCCGGUCCGUGUGCUGGGGUCGUGCUCUCUUGCACUGAUAAGCUGAACAGACGCACAGUUCUUCUGCGGCCACUCGGCAAAUCGGACACUCACAGCCAUUUCAGCUUCUUUCCUCCUACGGCGGCCAAGGCUCUGGAAGUGUCUCACCAGCAGCACGGAUUCCUGACAGUGACCUACACGCAGGCUGUGACCCGGAACGUCCGGCACAAGCUGACGGCGCGUCAGGAGCGCGCGGCGCCAGCUCAGCGCCUGUGUGAGGAAGUGGCGGACGGCUCGCCGCAGUACCUGCACGAGAUCCUGCUUACGACGCAACCCUUCGACCUCGUCCUCUCCUGCCCCCUGCUGGUGACGGUGGCACGCGUGUUCCACAUCACCCCGCCCCCUCACCUACGGCACCCGGUCAGAGAGCGGCACUCUGCGGGACAGCCAAUGAGAGGCCACGCGCUGUCGUCCAGCAGUCUGCCGCUCAUCUAUGUCAACACCAGCGUGAUUCGUGUGUUCUGCCCCCUGGAGGACGCGCACAGCAGCACACAUCCACAGCUGAAGGACAGGAAGGAAGACACGGUUGUGUUGAAGAUCGGAUCAGUGAGUGUCGCUCCGCAGGCUGAUAAUCCACUGCCGCGCUCUGUACUGCGCAAAGACAUCUACCAACGGGCGUUAAAUCUGGGAGUGUUGCGUGACCCGGGGUCAGAGGUCGAAGAUCGUCAGUAUCAGAUCGACCUUCAGAGCAUAAACAUGGGUACAGCUCACUGGGACGACCUGCGACCGGAGCGUGAGGGGUCAGUGGGCGGAGCUCCGUCAGAAGUGGAGAGAAGCUCCCAGAAUCCCGCGCUGGAGUGGAACAUGGCCAGCAGUAUUCGCAGACAGCAGGAGAAGCGUGUGAUUCUGUCUCCCAUCAUCACAGAUUUCUCUGUUCGUGUGACUGCAGCUCCUGCUGUGAUCUACAGGAAACCCCUCGUCCCCGAGCACACACCCACAGAGGAAGUGGUGGUGUGCGGUCACAGUUUGGAGCUGAAUGUGACGUCCAGUCUGGAGUUGUUUCUCAGCGUGUCUCAGGUGCAGUUACUGCAGCAGCUCCUGCGCGCUAAUGUGGGACUGACGACCACCAACAAGACACCUGCAGACGUGUGUGGUCAGCAGGCGCCGGCCACCGCGGUCUCGGGUUCGAGCUCCGUGGAGAGUUUGUGUGGCAGCGGUGCCCCCUGCGGGCAGGACAGUGGCUUUGGCAGCGACAGCGCCCGUCUGCGAAUCAUUCAGAUCGAGCGCCAGAGUGGCACGGGUCACCACCGCCUCGCCCGGCCGUCGCAGCAGCCCACCAUCACCAAGAACCUGAGCUUCAUCCCCUUCGAUGUGUUCCUCACAGCCGGCCGCAUCUCUCUCAUGACUUACGCCACCACACCCACCAUCAAACCGCCCACCGACGCCACCCUGUCGCCGGGAAAGAGCAUGCUCGAUGUGCCGGAGGGUGAGGCGGGUAACGCGUCUGAAGGGAGUCUGUCAUCCCUCACGGCCGAUGAUCUGCUCAACGCAAACACCAGCAGCAGGCCGACGGGGCUCCUGGACGGUGUAUGUGCACCCGUGCGGGCUUCGGCGAGACAGGCUCUGGGCGUGACGGUGGUGAGACAGCCGGGCCGCAGAGGAGACAAAGACUGCAGCCUGCAGCCGCUGAUGUUCCUGCAGCUCACGCAGCCGUCUGCGCUCAUCAACUGCCAUCAUCGCAGACAGAAACUGGAGCUGUCGCUGUUUGACCUUACGCUCAGAGGAGUUGCAACUGAUUACAAGAGUCUCGACACAGGUAAAUCUCUGCCCGAGUCGUUGGAUUACAGUGUGUAUUGGCUGCAGACAGUAGCUGGAGAGGCAGACAGUCGGACGGGCAUACCUCCUCCUCUCCUGUCUGUCAUCAUCAGAGACUUCCUCAGUGGACCAGAGUUGCGUGUGGACAUCAGUCGGCCAUUGAGGGUCAGUCCCACGCUGGCGAAGAUUGAACAGGCCAAAAGCUUCUGGAGGAGAAUCUUUCCUGAGGGCGACCCACAGCCUCGAACACCUGCUGGCUCCACCCACUGCCACGACGGCCAUGCCCCGCUGCAGACCGUCCUUCCCUUCCACAAGAUCGCGCUUCGCACGGUGCAGAUGGUGGUCGCUAUGGAGAUGGAGUCGCACACCAUGCGGCCCAGUCUGACACUGUCUGUGUCGGGCAUGACGGGCGCGCUGACCCUGAAGAAUGCCAUGAAACCCGCAGAUGGUUUUAAGGAGGUGUGUGUGUCGGUUCAGUGUGAGGACGUGUUGUUGCGGACGGGUCUGAAGGACAGGACUGUGGUGUUCGUGGGUCCAUUCUCCUGCAGUGCAGAUCUGGAAGCUUAUUGGUGCAGACACAGUGGAAGCUCCGCCCCCAACUCACCUGACCCACCAAGAGUGUUGAUUGACCUGAAGGGAGGACUGCUACAGGUGUUUUGGGGGCAGCAGCAGUUUAAUUGUUUGACUGAGAUUCAAGAGCAUCUAAAGAACUACUGGAGUCACAUGACCAGAGUGGAGGCAGAGUCUAACGAGAAACCCCUCUCUUCUAAGCCACCGCCCACCCCUCGCCCUGCCCAAUCAGAACACUCCUCUGAUGACCUGCGCACAGGCCUGUUCCAGUACAUCCAGGACUCGGCAUGUCAGAAGUUGCCGUCAGCUCAUGAGGUGGUGUUCUGGAAGGAAACAGAUGACUCUCCGGGCAUCAUGUUGUGGCGGUAUCCAGAGCCACGUGUGAUCACGUUUCUCAGAAUCACACCUGUUCCGUUCAACACCACAGAUGACCCAGACAUCAGUACGGCAGACCUCGGAGACGUCCUGCAGGUUCCGUGUAGUCUGGAGUAUUGGGAUGAGCUGCAGCGAGCGUUUGUUCCCUAUCGAGAGUUCAGUCUAUCAGAGAGCAGCGUUUGUGAGCUGACCCUGCCCACCCUGACCCCCAACACACACCAGACUGACCUCGUGACCUCUGACCUGUGGAGAGUGGUGCUCAACAGCAACAGUGAUGGCGGAGAUGAGAGUUCGGACAGUGAAUCGGGUUCUCAGGUGCCGUGUGAUCAGCUGGUGUGUCCAACCGCUCUGGCCGCCUGCACGCGCGUGGACUCAUGUUUUGCGCCAUGGUUCGUGCCGUCAGUGGGCGUGUCCAUACGACUGGUGUGUGUGGAGCUGCGAUUUUGUCACAACCUGGAUCAGCACGGCACAGUGCCGUGCCAGAAGCUCCGCCCCUUCCUCCCAGACAGGAAGUGUCCUCAUGAUCAGGAGUUUGCGGUGGUGUGUGUGCGUGAGCCGUGUGUGUUUGUGCGUCAGUGGAGUGAUGUGUAUCAGUGCUGUCACGAGCUGAACUUCUCGUCGACGCUGAGCACGACACUGCUGGAGUACAGAAACCUGACGCAACUGAACGUCAUUCAACCCGUCAGCCUGCAAGGAAACGCUACACACACAUGCGUGCUCACACACUCACAACACACACUCCACUGUAACAUCACACUGCAGCCGCUGCAGGUCACACUGGGACAGUACGCCAUACACACACUGGACAGAGCACUGCACGCAUGGAGACAGAACGGUGUGCUGGACGCUGAGGAGGUCAUUUUCACUCAUUUCAUCAUCUGUAACGACACACAGGAAGUUCUGCGCUUCGGUCAGGUUGACACAGAUGAAAACAUCCUGUUACACAGUAACCAGAGUCACCAGUACAGCUGGAGAACCCACAAAUCACCUCAGCUGCUGCACAUCUGUAUGGAGGGGUGGGGUAACUGGAGGUGGGCGGAGCCUUUCAGUGUCGAUGAUGUUGGGACUCUACUGCGAACAAUCCAACAUAAAGGACAGACAGCGUCUCUCAUCAUCAGAGUCAAACAACUCAACGGAGUCCAGAAACAAGUGAUCAUCUGCGGUCGACAGGUGUUCUGCAGUUUUCUCAGUCAAUCUAUCGAGCUGCGUGUCGUUCAUCAUUCUAGCGGUCAGGAAAGUCAGCUGAUGCAGCGUGAGCGAGUGACGCGUCUCGAGCCCGACAGUAAACUGCCGUCAUUUGUUCUGGAGGACGCAGAACUCACUGACGUGUGUGUGCGAGCGUGUGGAGAUGAGGAAUGGUCUCAGGACGUGUGUUUGAAACAUGACGACAAAACCAACAACAGCUGUGUGGUGCAGGUGCCGUGCUCUAAUGGAUCACUGCUGCAUGUUUGGUGCACACUGAUACUGCUGGACACAAACACACACCUGCAGCAAAGAGCGGUUGUGUUCAGUCCUCUGUUCAUCAUGUGGAGUCAUCUGCCCGAUCCGGUUCUGGUUCACGUGGAGAAGCGGAGUUUGGGUCACAGAGACAUGCAGCUCAUUGACGGCCGCGGACACCAGGAGGUGCUACUGAACGUAGAAGCAGAUCUGACACACCACCUCACGUUUCAGGCCAGUGAGGAGGAGGAGGUGUGUGACUGUGCGGUUCCGGUCUCCACUGCUGUUAUUAGACAGAUCAUCAACAGAGCGGCUCCAGAACUCAAACAGAACCAGAACACUAUUCUAGAACAUUUCUACGGAGAGAAGACGACCAGCACUCCACACUGGCCCUACACCAGCACACACACACACAGGUGUGCGGUGGAGUCGGUUGCUCAGUGGGACAGUCCGAUGCAGGUGCGUUUGAGUGCGUGGCGAUCCGGUCUCAACACCCUGUUGGUGGAGCUGUUGCCGUGGGCGAUACUGGUGAAUCAUUCACACUGGGAUGUGUGGCUGUUUGAAGCUGAGAGCAUCAUCGCACAGAUACCAGCCGGAAAAACCAUCAUACCACCAAACUUCAAGGACGCGUUUCAGAUCGGCAUUUAUUGGCCGCACACUAACACAGUGCACAAGUCUCCUGCCGUGCGAUUGGUCCAUGAGGUGUCGUCGCCGCGGUGGCCGGAGGGGGGCGGAGCUGAUGUACUGAUGCUGGAUGAAGAAGGAUACAUACACACUGACAUCACACUCGGAACGCUGCCUGGAAAACUGAAGCUGUGUCAGUUGUGUUUGUCGUCUUCAGUGACAUACGGGAUUCAGGUUUUACAGAUUAUGGAUAAAACCGUUCUGGUGAACAACACAACAAACAUCAUCAGAUACAAAGCUGUGAUUCAACAACACACAAACACCACAGCUGACCAGGUGUAUGAGGUCUCUGAGUCGUCGGUGUUCACUCUGGGUCCUGCGGGUGAGGCUGGUGAUCAGGUGUGCUGUUCAGUGGCAUGCUGGGAUGUCCCGUGUGAUGGUCAGUCAUCAGACCUGGACAUGACACUGUCAUCGAAGCAGUUGCUGUUGAGCUGUGAGGGUCAAAGUUCACAAUGGAGUCUCCCUGCCCUCGUGCGACCUGAUCUUCCCCGUCAGAGUGUUUCUGUUUCUGUGGAACCUGACGACAAACACCCCUUCAACACGAGGGCUCUGGUUGUGACCUGUCAGGAUCAUUCAGGCAUCAUGUAUGUGACGGUGAGUGAAGAUCUGUGUCCACGAAUGCUGAUACACAAUCGCUGCCCCAUGAACCUCUUACUGAAGGAGAACAUCAGAGAGUGUGUGAGGAGUGAGGUGUUCUGCAGGUUGUUGCCAUCUCUCUCGUCUGUUCAUCAUGAGCUUUAUUAUCACAUCUCAAACUUCCCCGAGUGUAAACAGAAAGAGACACUGCCCACCCUGCUGCUGCGUGCUGUACCUGACACACCCACCAGCCCCACAGACACGCCCACUGACCUCAUGACCACGCCCACUGCACUGAGCUGGACCGAUGCCAUUGAUAUCAACAGCCCUGGAACACAGGUUGUGUUUUUGCCUGGUUUCGGCUGUUUGUACGUUGAUGUGUUUCACCAGAGUGGCACCAUCACGAUCACACUCGCAGCAGAGAGCAGCGCAGAAGAGAUGAUCACACAGCAUGGGCUGUUCAAUCACAUGCUGUCAUUCAGGAUUCUCUUGAAUGAGGCGAGUGUGGCGCUCUGUGAUGACAUCACCAGCUCGUGCAGUUCAGUGGAGCUGCUGCGACUCACUGUUUCUAAACUGCUACUGCAGCUGCCGUCCUGCGACCCGUCGUCAUGUGACACGGCUGCACCGCCUGUUCACACACUGCAGGUUUACUGUGGCCGUCUGCAGCUCGACAAUCAGCUGUACAACCGCGCCAGCUUCCACUUCCCUGUGAUCGUAUGUGCGGAGCCGCAGAUGGACGCUGGAGAAUCUGACCUCACGCUCGCGCCACAACACCUGCAGCGGUUCUAUGACGCGUGUUUCCUGUCACUAACGGUCACCGUCUCCCGUGAUGGCCGGCUCGACCAACUCACGUUCCGCAUCAAACCUGCACGCGUUUAUCUGGAGGACACGUUCAUUUAUUACUUGAAAACACUAUUUCACACCUACAUCCCAGAAUGCACUCUGAGUGAGGACGGUGGGCGGAGCCGAUGUGUAGGGCCGGAGCUUAGCGUUCCGGCGGAGGUUGUGCAGUUCACACAUGCUCUGGUGCAGCCGUUGCAGCUGCAGAAGUUGCUGAUUGAACCCGUUGACCUGCUGGUCAGCAUCCACGCAUCACUCAAACUGUACAUCGCAUCCGAUCACACGCCACUGUCAUUCUCGCUGUUUGAACGCGGCCCCAUCUGCACCACACCGCGACAGCUCGUGCACACGCUCGCCAUGCAUUACGCCGCCGGCGCACUCUUCAGGGCAGGUUGGGUUGUUGGCUCUCUGGAGAUUCUCGGCAGUCCGGCGAGUCUUGUGCGCAGCAUCGGUAACGGAGUGUCAGAUUUCUUCCGGUUGCCGUACGAGGGUUUGACUCGCGGGCCAGGUGCAUUUAUCAGUGGCGUCUCCAGAGGAACAAAUUCCUUCAUUAAACACAUUUCUAAAGGGACUCUGACGUCCAUCACGAAUCUUGCGACGAGUCUGGCGCGUAACAUGGACCGUCUGUCGCUGGAUGACGAGCAUUACAUGAGACAGGAGGAGUGGAGGAGACAACUGCCUGAGACUGUGGGAGACGGACUGAGACAAGGACUGUCACGACUGGGCAUCAGUCUACUGGGAGCGAUCGCAGGUAUCGUUGAUCAGCCGAUGCAGACAUUCACACGGACCGGCGAGCAGCCGAACUCAGCGAGCAGCACGGCUCGUGGCGUCAUCUCUGGUGUGGGGAAAGGGAUUGUGGGAGUUUUCACCAAACCAAUCGGAGGAGCCGCUGAGCUCGUGUCACAGACGGGAUACGGGCUCCUUCACGGCGCUGGACUCUGGCAGCUUCCCAAACAACUUCAUCCGCCAACAGAUCAGAGAUCAGCUGAUGCUUCUAACAGCCACGUCAAAUACAUCUGGAAGAUGCUUCAGUCUCUGGGUCGAGCGGAGCUUCAUAUGGCUCUAGAUGUGUGUAUGGUGAGCGGGUCGGGUCAGGAACACACCGGCUGUCUGCUGCUCAGUUCAGAGGUUCUGUUCGUCGUCAGUGUGUGUGAAGACGCGCAGCAGCAGGCGUUUCCCAUCACUGAGAUCCAGUGUGAACACGACACACACACACCAGGACGCAUCACACUCACACUGCAGCAAUACAGAGUGACCGCAGAUACUGAGGCCGACGGGUCUCGUGAGCGUCUGUCAGAAUUGCAGUACAGUCGUCUGGUGGAUUUUGUAACCGGAGCAUCUCAGUAUUUAUCUCCGUCUCAGUCGUCUCUCCAUCAGCAGCCGCCUGUCACACCCGCUGAACCGCCGCCCACCGUCUCCAAAACAUACCAGUACCAAGCUGACCCGGCCUUCGCACGCGUGUUCGUCUGCAAGUUUAAUAUGGUGAAAAAUAAAGCCCUGCGGAUCGGCUUCCACUGACGGCACAGGACCAGUGUGAUAUUUGUGUAUAAUAUUUUUCAAAAGAGGUAAAUAAUAUCUGCAGAUAUUCAUUACAUAACGCAGAGCUAGUCUCUGAUUGGCUGCUUUCUGUAUGAAUGUUUGUAUGUGUAAAAGACUGCUCGUGUAUGAUGCUUUAAACCAAAAUAAGGCCUUUCAUUUUGUAUUUUUAUACACAAGAUGAUUCAUUGUUUUAUUUUACUCUGGUCUAAUAAGAAGUGCUUAAAUGAGGCUGUUAAUAAUGAAUCUACAUUUUGAAAUUAAACAAGCUAUAAAAUACGAUAUAUCACAUUGUCACACAUCAGUAGUUUGUGUGAGUUUCUUCAGUGUUUGGUCAUGAAGGGACACCAGCGAGUGUUUCUGCAGCGCUGCUGCUGAUCACCUGCAACAAACAGUCAUUCAUUCAUUCAUUCAUUCCGACUGACCUUCAUGUAAAACCAUCUUAUGCAUGUUUGAGUUUAUAUUAAUCUGACAGACUACAUGUGCUACAUCACAGCACAAUUGAAGUGAACUGUAAACCCUUUUGGUUUUUAGCAAUCAAGUUGUAUUAAACGUUAACUUCAUUUUAAUUUCUUCAUACAUUAACACUUAAAGAUGUAUUAGUACACUGUUAACACUAAAGUAUUUUGAUAAACAUCAACCAAGAUUAAUAAAUGCUGUUAAAAAUAUUGUUCAUUGUUAAUUCAUGACACAAAGCGUUUACUAAUUUUAAACAUUAAAGUUACAGAGAAAUAUGAAGCAGUUACAUCGUAGAAAUACACAAUCUCUGAUACAUU